AUGCAGGCUCCCGCAUCCACGACAGCUUCCCCGAACGCUGCGAUCGCUAACAACACCGCUUGCAAACCUCUCGAUGAGAUUAGGGGCCUGACGCGAUUUGAGAAGGACGUCAACGAGGUAAUCUCUCUUUAUUUUGAGGACAUCAUAAAACGGCUGAGACGCCCGCUACUGGAUGUCCUACGCAAAUCUAAGAAAGGCUUUCGCCCCUUUGUUAUUCGUCUGCUAGUCUUGGGUGUGGACGAAAGCUCGGCCAAACCUUACAUUGUCGUGUUCUGCCCAGCACAGGUACAAGAUAUAGUGGAGAACUACUUCCGGAGAGACACUCCCAAGCGACUUUGUCAACCUGGCAAGGACGGUCCAGCAUCUUUCGAUGUGAUUGUUGAAGGCACCCCGAUACAACUGACCACAUCGCAUCAUGUUCACCCAACUUCUAUCAACACGGGCCACUCACCUACUGAGCGCCUGAGAUAUAGGGAUACUCCUCUCAAAAUCGAUGGAAUCCAUGGAAUUCGAUACGCUACAAUGGGUGGUUACGUUGUUGUGGUUGGCAAGGAUGGUCGACUGUCCAUAUACGGCUUGACUGCUGGCCAUAGCAUUGUUCAAGACAAUCUCGAAGGAGAGAUCGAGAGCGAGCAGGCAAGCGGAGAGCCUAACGCAGGUCAAAAUCUCUUCCCUGAUCUCAUCACUUAUGAACCCUCACAAGUCCUGCAGUCAGCGGCCAACCAAACUAUGCACAACGCUACCUACAGCCCUUUCAACGAUGCACAGGAAGAAAUCGAGUGGUCAGGCACCGCCAUGGUUGCACCGGCGUCAUUUUCGACGCAGGCAUGCGAUCGCGAUUGGGCUUUGUUGGAAGCCAUAGCGGACCAACCUGGCAGCGGGAUUCAAGACAGCAAAAUCGUUGAAAGAUACUUUGUGGGCGAGCCUAGAUUUGGCACUUUAUUGGCAGACGAUGAGGCUAAGAUCAGUCUUCAACCUGCGUUCAUCGGAAAGCUGUCUCGUCAUCCAUCGUUUGCGAUACUGUCCUAUGGGAGCGACUUCGUCCGGGUUCACACGAUCACAACGCGCGACUCUCAUAGUAAGCCGUUAGCCCAUAUAUCGAGGUAG